GGAAGCAGUACCACCUAAAACUUCAAACUAGCUUGCUAUAGUGUAGAUCAGUGAAUUGCGUAAUUAGUACUCGAUCAAUAUGGCAGGCAAUGUUUUUGGAGAUCCUAUCACCGACGAGGAUGUAAAAAUAAUCUAUCCAAACAAGGAAAUAAUAACACGCAGAGACAGAGCCGAAGUGGCUUUCCUAAACAUCAAUGCUAAGGGAAGGGACGCCAAUGCAAAAACCUUCGUGCACAACCUUAAGGAAAGGUAUGGCAAUGGAAUCUCUGCACUUUGUAUGAUUUUCAAUGCCACUGGAGAUACAUUAACGUACUCCGGCAAACAUGACUGGCACGGCCAUAUUUAUGAAUCGCCAUACCCUGCCAAGAUUCAAAAUGGGCAGUGGGGUGCUUUUCUCCAUGUCCAUCCCUCGUGGUUUGCUGGUUCGGAAUCCGCUGUUGUCUACCGCGGCUUCAAUGGCGACGAUUAUCUUUGUGAUUGGAUGCUUUCUUGGGGCAUUCCUUAUAUUGGUGAUAACCAUGCUUAUACUGAAAUCCGCGAAGGACAUCAUUAUGAGACUGAUCAUUGGGAUAACAUUCAAAGUUUGUUGGAAAGCCAAUGCACUCAUUAUGAGGACACUUGGAACGGAUGCUACUCAAUGGUGACAAUUGGGGAAGGCACUUCGCCUGAGUUUGUGGGAAUAAUGACCUUGGAGGGUAUCACUGGUCGAAAUAAAAUAAAUAUCAACAGUUUCUUGACCAGUAAUGCAAGUGCAAGCGCAAAGAGGGCUUAAGAUUAUAAAGUUGAAUCGUUUCUUUUGUUGAAAAAAUAAAAAAUUGUGUUCUACGUACAACUUUAUCAAGUGGAUAUUUAUGCACGGUUUUCCACUUAAAUAAGGACAGUGUGUAGCUGCGUCCAUACUGAUCUAUAUGGACUCCAUUUGUGUCUUUUUUUUCUUUUCAAGUAUUU